UAGAACUAAUGUUUCCGGUCGACAUUGUUUUGAGUACCUACUCGUGUGAAGAUUGGUGAAUUUGCGCGCUCGCAACCACAUUUUUUGUAAUUCUUCGGCUUUUUUUGUGGAAAAUAAUAUGGCUGAACCAGGUCCUAAUAAGGACAACAUCAGAGCUGGAUGCAAGAAAUGUGGAUAUCCGGGCCACUUGACCUUUGAGUGUCGGAACUUUGUCAGAGUCGACCCACAGAAAGACAUCGUCCUGGAUGUGAGCAGCACCAGCACUGAGGAGAGUGAGGAAGACUCGCCUGUAGUUCAGCGCACCGUGAAAAUGAGGCGAGGCGCCCAGCAACACAGAGGUUCUGAUGAUGAUGACGAUGACAAACUUAAGAGGCGCAAACUGAAGAAGAGCAGAGACAGGAAUUCAAGAAAGAGAUCUGCUUCAUCAUCAAGUGAUGGGAGGACCACAAAGAAGAAAAAGAAACAGAGCAGAUCUGACUCCUCAUCUGAAGAAGAGGAGAGGGGAAAGAAAAAGAAACUCAAAAGCCACAAGAAGAAAAGCAAAAAGAACAAAAAGGAACACGGGAAAAACCACAAGAAGAAACAGAAGAAGAGGAAACAGGAGUCGUCUUCUUCCUCCUCAAGCUCCAGUGAAUCUUCAGACAGUGACUGAGACUUAUAAACGGUACAGUUUAUGGAGGUCCGACAUAUUUAGCUCUCAGUACACAAAACGUGUGUUAAACAGACAUUGUGUCAAAGAAGAACCUCAUACUGGCCCAAACAGUCUAUUAGUGGAGACCAGGAUUUAAACCAGUUAGUGGCUCAGACACACUGGAGAACCCAGCGCUCUGAAGAUAAGAGUUUAUCACCAUCAUGUAAAUGAAAAAAACAAAAACAUUUUGGACCCUUUCAAAUUUGUCUUGAAAGUUGUUUUAAGUCAAGGAACAUGUUUAGCUAUAGUGUUACUUUUUACUUCCAGAAACAGUAAUUUUCUAUUAGACAUGUAAAGUCUAUAUUACAUUCAAGUAAACUGUUUUCAAAUUCAGAAAAAUAAGGAUGUAAUGCCUAGAUACUUGUUUGUGAUUAGUUCCUGGUAUAAGGGUGUGGUCUUGUAUUGUACUUUUAUCUCAGAUUUUUACUUCAAUAAUACUAUAAAAACAAUUUUCAAUUUUUGAACUAAACAUUCCACUCUCAUGACUCUGGUUAACUUGGGAUAAGAGAUGACAAAGAAAAGAACCCCACGUCUUUAUCUGUAUCCACUGAGUAUAAUGUUGGCUAAUGUUAGCAGACAAAUUCAUGUUUUUUUUCUGUCUUGAAGUAUGUCAAUUCUUCAAUGUUUUUAUCUCGCUUUGCAGGGAUGGCUUAAUAUCACACUGAAACCUCUUUCCUGGUAGGAUUAAAUAGUUAGUGAUUAUUUUCAAGGAAUGAAUGCCAUCACUGGUCCACCUGCAGCUUGUUAAAACCAUUUGGAAUUUGCAGAAGUCUAUUCCAAAACAUGAAUUUGUCUACUUUUUUGGGAACUCUGUUUUUUGGUCCUCCCCAUUAUUAUUAUUAUGAUUGUUUUUGUAAUAAAAUAUAUAUUUGUAUCAAACCA